AUGCUUCGUCCCACCGGGCCGCUAAAACUCCCUGAAACUUUAGCAGCAAAAUCGAUCUGUUCUCCUGAAGUCCCACUGGUUGAAGCCGCUGCUGGUGGUGAGAUCAAAGCUGGUGCACGAGCAUGCGGGAAGAAAAGCUCUCUCGGCACGAUGGCACCAGAGAACGUUGAAUUAUUUGUCCAUUAUUCCUCCGUACUCCGCACUUCGAUUUCUUUCAAAUUUGGGAACGCUAAAAGGGUGGGAUCUGUGCAUCAUGCAGUAGCAUCAUUUCUGGCUGCCGCGUGCGUUGAGACCGGCGCCGGAGUUAAAACGCACAUCCUCUUGUGCCCUCUGUGCUUUGGUCUAAGGGGAGAGGAGAGAUUAUGUGCACAACAGACGUUCCUGAAUCAGAAAGUCUUUUUCUCCCGCGAGACUACCCUGGACUGA